AUGUCCUCGCCCAGCAGAGAUGAAAUUAAGCAGGCAGCGGCGAGUAAACAGGGUGAUAUCAGGAUAGAAAAGGACUCCACUGCUUACGCUGAAUAUCACCCAAUUGAGCGUCCUGCUGGCGUUUCCAAUACUGGAUCAAUGAAAUACGCCCAGCUAGUCUCAUUCUUUGACAACAUCACAAACGAGAAAAAUGUUUCAAUGCGCUCUUUAAAGUUGGCGAAGCUGUUUGACUAUCACCGGGAGCAUUACGGCAAUGAUUUCUACAAUCUACUCCGCUUGAUGAUCCCAGAGCGAGAGAGAGAGCGCAGUAUGUUCGGCAUCAAAGAGACUGUCCUCGCAAAGAUAUACGUUGAGCUACUCGGUCUCUCCCCUAAGCACAAUGAUGGUCACCGUCUACUCUCCUGGAAAGCUCCCACCGCUGCACAUACAGUCAGUGGUGACUUCCCCAGCGUGCUGGUAGACGUAAUGAAAAACCGCGUCAGCUACGAUUCAAAGUCAUCGUUUACCAUCGACGAGGUGAAUCACAAGCUUGACCAGCUCUCGCGCGCCAAGUCUUUCCAGCGAAAGAAAGACAUCAUGAAAGAAUUCGCAAAACGUUGCGAUACAGAAGAGCAAUUCUGGCUCGUGCGUAUCUUACUAAAGAAUCUUAAAAUUAGCAUCCGCGAGAGAAGCAUCCUGUCUCAAUUCCAUCCAGAUGCAUACGCGCUGUUUGAAGUGACGACAGAUUUGCGCACAGUUGCCUACAGGCUGUACGACCCGAGUAUGCGGCUGCGCGAUGCUGAUAGCUCCGUUCACCUCUUCCAAGUAUUCCAGCCGAUGUUGUGCAAGCGCAAUACCAUCCCCGAUGUCCACAAGAAGAUGCCGCACGGCCGCUGGGUUGUCGAGGAGAAGAUGGACGGCGAGCGCAUACAGCUACAUAGAAAGGGCGACAGGUAUAAGUAUUGGAGUAGGAAAGCUAAGGAUUAUACCUAUUUAUAUGGGAAAUCCCCAACCGAUGGCAGCCUUACACCGUUUAUUCACACCACAUUCGAUUCUCGCGUCGAUGAAGUCGUGCUUGAUGGAGAAAUGCUGGCGUAUUCAGGCGCAAUUGACGCCGUACUCCCUUUUGGCACUCUUAAAAAAGCCGCAAAAGGCGAUAUUGGUACACAUCCGAUAUUUAAGGUAUUCGAUGUGCUCUGGGUAAAUGGGAAAGAUAUCUCUGCAUAUCCAUUUAAAGAGCGCCAGAAAGUUCUCCGCUCCAUAUUCACAGAGCUACCUACACGCUUCGAGCAUGUUUCACGCUGGACUGUGGGCGAUGUGGUAGAGCUAAAGGGAUCGCUUGAGCGUAUUAUCCUCCAAAAAGGCGAAGGGCUGGUGGUUAAGUCGCCCCUAUCAACAUACGAAUAUGGCGGUCGAUCAGAUCGGUGGAUCAAGCUGAAACCUGACUACUUUGAUGAAAUGUCAGAGACCGCCGAUCUGCUAGUAAUCGGAGGCAACUGGUCUAACAGUCGCAAUGGAGUGAUUUCCACCCUCUUCUGCGCACUAGUGGAUGACAGGGAGGAGAACAUAGCAGCGGAUCCUCAAUACAUACUCUUCGCGCGUGCUGGAACAGGCUACUCGGCGCAGGAUCUCGUCAUUAUUAAUGAGCUAUUCGCUAAAGCAGACACGCGCAAGUACACUCCUGCAUCUGUAUACCCUGGUGUCAAAAUAGGCAACGAGACACCGGAUGUAGUCAUCAACCCUCAGCAAUCUUUCGUAGUCGAGAUCAAGGCAAGCGAUAUCAAUCCAUCGACGCAAUAUCCCACCGGGUGCACCUACCGCUUUCCCCGCUUCAAGCGCCUCAGAUUGGACAAGGGCAGCGGGGAUAAGAGCCCCUUCGAUCCAGACAGUCUGUUCAAGUGGACGGAGAUGGACAGCAUGAUCAAAGGUAUAAAGGCUUCGCGCUCUCAUCAAGCUGAAGCUAAAGUUAAAGAAAAGCAAGCCAAGCCGACGAGGGCGAGUAAAAAACAGGUUAUCAGCUCGCGUGCUGUGGCCAGCGUGAGAGCUGAUACACGCAACUAUCGCAACACGCUCUUCGAAGGCUGUGCAUUCCGAAUACUGAACGGGACGAACGAGCUCGAAGUGAAAGACCUUGCGGUGCUCAUCGCCGAAAGAAAGGGGAUGGCACUGUCGCACAUACCCAGAGACGAAGACUGCCCUGAACCGCUGCUCGUCAUUGCAGGUAAAGCUACAGCUGUGCAGGUCUCCCAGCUCGUCAAGUUGCAAAGAAGAUCUAUCCUGAGUGCACAGUGGCUGCUCGAGUGCGUUCAAUAUAACUGUAUCGUGCCACUAGAGGGCGCUGGGAGUGGUGCGUAUUGGGUCUAUCAGUGUGACGUCGAUAGUCAACUUAUUUUGGAUACCCUCCGUCCUUUCUUCAUCACCCCAGAUCAUAUUCCACACGAACAAGCAGAACGUCUUGCCCACGGUCAGCUCGAUUUAGAGGCCGUCGGUGAAAUUAAUGAACUGAGAUUCACACAAGAGCCAGCGUUGCAGGUAGAGGAGAAGGUGGCCACGAUUGUGCCUGAGGAGGAAGAUAGUGAGACAGAGAAAGAAAGUCUGGGAGAGAGUGGCGACGAUGGCGAUGAGACUAUACAAGAAGGCGCUUUUACAGCCCAGAAAUCACCUUCACCACGGUUAGGACCAUCUCAACUGACUUAUACACAGACAUCCUCAACUCGCACAGUGACCAGACAAAAAGGUAGCACGUCUAAUAAUUUCGAUGAUAGCUCUGAUGAGGGUGAUGAUAGUGUGAAGAUCAAGAAAGAAGCGACUCAGCUUUUCUCACCGACGACGAAUCCACAGUCGCCUCAUCAGGAAAAUCGGGAGGAUGUGCAGAAGGAGCAGCCGUCGAUUAUACGAGACGAUGCAGAUCCCGAUAGGACCUUGGAAGAAGACGCCGUUGCGACGCUCGAGGAAGAAGAGAAUGUCAAGACAUCAGGUACCACAGGAACACUAGUACUCAAUCAGCAGGAGAUGCAUGAUAAGGUUGAUAAGGGCAGAAGACGUAGUAGAGUGGUUGCGUUUGACAGUGAUUAUAAAACUAAUAGCGAGAUUGAUGUGGAGGAUGCAUCCGCCAAGAAGAGCAAGAAAAUAAAGCAGGAAGGUGAUAGCGAGGAGAUGCACGAGCAUGAACUUGGUGAGACAUCAAAAGCAUCUAAACAGCAUGAAUCACUUAAUGCUGCCGAUGUUGAUUUGUCAGCUGAUCAUCCACGUGAGCCAGAAGUAGUUGAAGAAGCAGUAGUGAUUACCAGUGAUGAUCUAGAUAAACCGCUGUUGAAUGUCGCUGUGUAUGUUGACGAUUAUGAGAACGCAAUCACGAACGACCUGUUCCCGCGUCCAUCAAUAAUGAGCAAGACAGAUUGGACCGGUAUCCGAGACAAGAUAACAAGGCUUGGCGGAAUGGUAGCGGAGGUGGACGACAGCAGGCUAACGCAUAUAGUAAUUGAUGAGAACGACAAGAGAAGAGUGGAGGAGCUGUUUGAGCGGACAAAGCGGCCCAAAUACCGGAAGCUUCCUACGCCUGGUUCAGCUACAGCAAAUUCUACAGCAAUCUACAAAGACGCGAUCUGGGGAGAGAAACCACGCCCAGAAUUUGGUGUUGAGACUAUCUACGAUCUAUUCCAGCACUCAGCUGCACACGCUGGCGAUAAGAAUUUCUUAGGUCAUCGACCAUACAAUCCUAAUAAGCAACGCUUUGAACGCUACUACGAGUACCAAUCAUACAAUGAAAUAGCCCAGCGCCGCACAAAUCUCGGCUCUGGCAUCUCACAGCUCGUUAAGCAGGGCGAUUUGGGUGACUCUUGCUUCUCUGGCUGGACGGCUGGCACGUGGUCCAAAAAUUGUCCAGAAUGGCAAAUCGCUGAUCUCAGCUUACACGCUUUUUCGCGCAUUUCUGUUCCUCUCUACGAUACCCUCGGCAAUGACAGCGUUGAAUAUGUCAUCAACCACAGCGAAAAUAGGCUCAUUUUCACUUCAUCUUCCCAUCUUCCUCAGCUUUACAAGAUUCUCCACAACUGCCCGUCUGUCGAAGCCGUCAUCGUCCUCGAUGGUCUCGACGAACCGGGUGCUCCCCAGGAUGGCGCACGCGUACCAGGCCAGCUCAGCCGCGCUGACGUGCUCAAACUCUGGGCGAAGAAUUUGAAUGUCAGACUUUAUAGCCUGGCCCAAGUUGAAGAGCUUGGAGCUAUCCACCAACACCCUCACAUUCCUCCAAAACCUACCGAUGUUUUAACAAUCUCGUAUACUUCUGGAACAACGGGUUGGCCAAAAGGCGCAGUUCAUACACAUAGCAGCAUGUGCAACAAUAUCCUUUCUUUGACUACAGGCAUGGAUGAAUAUGUUGGUCAUCUGCUCGCAAGCUACAUGCCACUCGCACAUGUUCUGCAAAGAGCACUCGAGUUCAUAGCCAUGGUGUUGUUGGCGCCCAUCGCUUACACUACCGGCGACAUACUCCGCUUGAUGGAAGAUUUGCAGAUUAUGCAGCCUGAACUUAUGGUCACCGUACCAAGAGUUCUGAAUAGAAUCUACGCCGGCAUCAAGCACCAAAUGGACACUCCAGGUGUAAAAGGGUCUCUUCUCACCCGCGCCGUCGCUGCCAAGAUCGACAAGAUGCACAAAACAUCCGACACUACCCAUCUACUCUGGGACAAACUCAUAUUUAACAAGAUUCGACAAGUUUUGGGUGGCAAGAUUAGGUUGAUAAUUACAGGUUCGGCACCAAUCAGUCCUCGAGUGCUCGACGUGCUUAAAGUCAGCCUGUGCAUCCCGAUUAUUGAAGGCUACGGUCUCACUGAAACGUGUAUCUGCACGAGAACGAUUCCUAGUGAUCCUCUGUCGUCUGGAUAUGUUGGAAAUAUGAACCCAGGCUUCGAGAUCAAGCUGGUAGAUGUUCCCGAAAUGAAUUACUUCUCAACUGAUAGGCCAUAUCCACGCGGGGAAAUUUGCAUCAGAUCUAAGAGCUCGAUGAGAGAGUAUUACAAGGAUUCUGACAAGACAAAAGAAUCAUUCACCGACGAUGGCUUCUUCAUCAGUGGUGACAUUGGCCAAAUCGACAACCACGGCCGUCUCAAGCUUAUUGACAGAAAAAAGAACAUAUUUAAGCUGGCGCAGGGCGAAUAUAUUGCCAUUGAGAAGCUGGAGGGUGUUUUUGCGUUGUGUCCGACUGUCAUGCAGCUUUACAUCCACGCAGAUAGCCUCAGAUCUUAUCUCGUCGCCGUGGUCGUCCCAGAUCCUCUCGAACUUGGUUCUGUGGUAGGCUGUGACGCUAACGAUCGCCAAGCUCUUGACACAGCAAUUGCAAGCGAGAAAGUGCGUGGUAUGAUUAUGGCGGAGAUCGACAAAGCAUCUAACCAUGCUGGGCUGAAAGGCUUCGAACGUAUCAAGGCUGUUCACAUAACUAAUGACCAGUUUACCAUCGAUAACGGCUUGCUCACACCUACUCUUAAAGUCAAGCGCAAUGAAGUGGCUAGCAAGUACAAAACCACAAUUGAUGCUCUAUAUGACGCGAACGACAAGUCUGCCAAGCUUUGA